AUGAAGCAGAGGGUGGGGCCGAGCGUGAGAGCAGCUUUUGGUGACCUGCUGGCGGGUCGAGCGGGCUUCUUCGUGGUGGCCGAAGAUGGCAGCAUCGUGCCGCAGAGUGCAUUCGAGUCACGCCCCCGCUUGAUCUUCCCAGGCUCCUUUAAUCCUCUGCACGAGGGCCAUCUCGCCCUUGCUCGCGUGGCCGAGGAGGUGUGCCGGCCCAGCAAGCCGCUCCUGUUCGAGAUCACCGCCAUCAACGCCGACAAGCCGCCGCUCCCCGUGGAGACCAUCGAGGAGCGCGUUCGACAGUUCAGGGGCCGUUGGCCUGUCGCCAUCACCACCAGCCCCACGUUUUUCGAGAAGGCGCGGUUCUUUCCGGGCUCGACGUUCAUCAUCGGCAUGGACACGGCGGUGAGAGUGCUGCAGCCCAGGUUCUACGACAACAGCGAGGAGAAGAUGAAGGUCGGCUUUCGCGAGUUCCACCAGACACUGCACUGUGACUUCAUGGUCGCCGGCCGCACGGUGGGCAGCGGCAGCUUCAUGGAGCCCGAGCAGCUGGAGGUGGACGACGAACUGCGGCCGUGCUUCGCGCAGCUCAUCUCCAGCGAUCGCUUCCGGCACGACAUCAGCUCGACGCAGAUCCGGGAGGCCAAGCUCAGAACACAACAAAGUGCGGGCUGCGACCAACGCACAUGA